ACAGCAUCUCGUCCCUUGUGACGAGCAAUUGCCCAUCAUGCGUCCUUUUCGCCCAACUUCCCGCAUCUCCAGAGCUCUCGAGCUUCCCCACAGCUAUGCGCCGCAACGGACCUUGCGCCCAAGUCACAUCCGCAGCCGGCAAUUACACUCUUCACAAAGCCGCAGGUUAGAAUUGCCUACAGCUAAGAAGCAGGAAACGCCAGAUCCUCUGGAGGAAUGGCGCAAUCCCCCGCCGAGCAAAUGGCCGAACCGGAUACGGCUGAUGUUUCUGCCUUUUAUCGGUGCCCUGAUAUACUCCAUGUGGACGGAUGACUCUAUCAAGACCGAAGGACCCUCAAUCGCCGAGAAAGAUGCGCUGCUCAAGCGGGAGAAUGGUGUGUCUGAGCAAUCGCCAAUGCGACUACGCAUGGAACAGUUCAUAAAGCAGAAUCAAAAGGAGAUUGUGGCCGAGCUAGAAAAGGUGGACGGCACAAAAUUCAAGAUCGACACAUGGCAACGGCCACAGGGUGGGGGCGGCAUCACUUGUAUUCUACAGGAUGGCAAGGUAUUCGAAAAGGCCGGCGUCAACACCUCAGUCGUAUACGGUCGCCUGCCUCGCGCUGCUAUACAAAAGAUGCGUGUGAAUCACAAAGCCCUAGACCUAGACGUCGAUUCCCUCGAGUUCUUCGCCGCAGGCCUGUCCAUGGUCCUCCACCCUCACAACCCCAACGCCCCGACUGUACAUCUAAACUAUCGCUACUUCGAGACAGCCGACGAGUUUGGAAACACAAAUGCGUGGUGGUUUGGCGGCGGUUGCGAUCUCACACCCUCCUACCUCUACGACGAGGAUGCGAUACUCUUCCACGGCGCCAUAAAGCAGGCUUGCGACAAGCAUGACAAGGCAUACUACCCACGCUUCAAGAAGUGGUGCGACGAAUAUUUCAGCAACAAGCACCGAGGCGAGACACGAGGUGUAGGCGGCAUCUUCUUCGACGACUUGGACGAAACGGAGAAGGACCAGGAACAGCUCUUCUCUUUCGUACAAGACUGCCUAUCCGCCUUCCUCCCUUCAUACCUACCUAUCAUCAACAGGCGCAAGGAUAUGCCAUACACGGAUGAGAUGAAGCAGUGGCAGCAGAUCCGACGAGGACGCUACGUCGAAUUCAAUCUCGUGCACGACCGCGGAACGGCGUUUGGUUUGAACACGCCAGGUGCUCGUGUGGAGAGUAUUUUGAUGAGCUUGCCCCUUACCGCGAGGUGGCAAUACAUGCACGCACCGGAAAAGGGCAGCAGAGAAGAGCGGUUAUUGGAAGUCUUGAAGAAGCCAAAGGAGUGGGUAUAGGUUAGGAUUUAUGUAUAUACGAAUGAAGACUAUGAUGCUUGUUUGAA